AUGAAAAUCAGCGAUGUCCUCAAUGAAUCCAUAUUGAACGAAAAUGGGAAGCUGAAAAAAAGCGGAAUAGGGAUGGGUCUAGGUGCAGGAAGUGCCAAAGGGAAGGUGGAAAUGACCAGCAGCGAAAAUGCACUGGAAGAAUUUGAAAUGAAAAGUAAAAUGAGAAAAGUAUGUUUGGGAAUCCCCACGAAGGAAUUGGAUGUGAAGAAUAUCCUGCGAUUAUUGAAAGAACCCAUUUGUCUGUUCGGAGAAGAUAGCUAUGAUAAAAGAAAAAGACUCAAAAGUAUACUAGUAACAAAAUAUGAUAAAUUUGUAAAAAAGAAAAAUAUCGACAAUGAGGAGGAAGUGGAAGAAUUUAAAAACAUCCUGAAAAGGUACUACAUCGAUUUUAGUAAAUUGUAUGAUGUGAAUUCACCAGAAUAUUUAAAAAUAAAUGAACUGGAAGAGAAAUUAGGAACAAAGCGGUUAAAAGAACAAAGUAUUUCAGCUAAAGGGAUGACUGUAAAGAGUACCAUCACGGAAAAAUUCUACACAGAAAGUUCGGAAGAACUUAAGAUAGCUCGUCUAGACUUAACCUUAAAAACGUUGCCAAGGAUAUUAUUGCACAAAGAAAUGAUAAACAAAUUUCAAGAAAAAUUUUCAAAAGAUGAAUAUGAAAAAUAUAUAUCGUUGUAUAGUGAACAUAUGAAGAGUGAAUUUGACCUCUUCAUUUCCCAACUGGGUGAUGAUAGACCUCUAACCAUGGGAAAAUUUUCCCCUGACAAUAGCGUCUUUGCAGUCAGCAGUUAUAAUACGUACAUUAACAUUUUUAAUUAUAGAAACGAUAAUUACAAUAUAGUGAAGACACUUAAAAAUGGACAUGAGGAUAAAAUAAAUUGCAUUGAUUGGAACUAUCCCAAUAAUUAUUCCUACUAUAGUACGCUCAGCUAUAAGGAUGUGAAAAAGACAGACCUUCUCCUGGCGUCCUGUUCGUCUGAUAGGUCCUUCUGCCUUUGGAGGCCCUUCACCGAAGAGGACAUGCUGGAUGACCAAAACGUUUCGUAUGGGGACGAUGGCGAAAAGGCGACAGGGGGGAGGAAGAACAAAAGCGGUGAACACUCCGCCGACGAGCUUAGCGAUAAUGAAGAGGAGGAAGCCAAAGGCUCCAGCGCGAAGGAAAAGGGUGACCAGCAUAAUGGGGAAACAAAAAAAAAAAAAAAACAUAACGACAGUAAAAGCGGUAAAAAACACCUGCUGUGCAAGGUGAAGGCACACGACGAUCGGAUCAACAAAAUAUCCUUUCAUCCAUUGAACAGACACGUACUGACGUGCUCGGAAGAUGAAACGAUAAAGUUCUUUGACAUCGAAACGCAGGAAGAGCUAUUUUACCAAGAGGGUCACAAUACGAAUGUGUAUUCGGCCACGUUUAAUCCUUAUGGAAAUUUAUACCUCUCUGGAGACUCCAAGGGGGGACUAAUGCUAUGGGACAUAAGAACGGGAAAAAAUAUCGACAAGAAAAAAAUGGUUCAUAAUAACUGUAUCAUGAACAUCAAUUUUAAUCCCUUCUUGCCAAACAUGUUCUGUACCUGCUCAGCUGAUAAUACAAUAAAAAUAUUCGACUUGAGAAACUUUACCGUUUCGUGUAACAUCCUUGCACACAACAAAAUAGUAACAGACGCAGUUUUCGAGCCAACCUAUGGUAGGUAUAUAACGUCCAGUUCGUUCGACACCUUUAUCAAAAUAUGGGAUUCCGUGAAUUUCUACUGCACCAAGAUUUUAUACAAUAAUGAUAAUAAGGUGAGGAAUGUUGAUAUUUCUCCGGAUGGGAGUUUCAUAUCCUCCACGUCUUUUGACAGGACGUGGAAAUUGUACAAGAAUACCGAGUUUGCGGAGGAAAACAUUCUUGCUCAUUUUUUUUGA